UUUUUUUUUUUUUUUUCUCUUCAGACACGGUAGAAUUUAACUGUCAGCGACGAGAUCCCGCUUUUCUGGCGUUUCUCGUGUUAAAUGCGCCGCGUUACAUUACGUCAUAGUUGCCAUUUAGCCGAGACUAACGAGUUUCGUCGGGACGAACGCGAAUAAUUAUUUCACCCACAGUUAAAAAACUCGCUCGCUCGUGUACGUUCGUCUCAUCUGGUACGUACCUAGAAGAAGAUACGUGCGAUUCGAAGAUCAUCGCUUCAUUUUUACCGUGUCUCGUGUUCCUCUUCCUUUACACUUGAUUGCUUAUUGCUUAGCUCUCGGAAUAAUUCGACUAUCAUCCAUCGACGAGUUAUUUAUCUUGCAACGUUCGUAAGCGUUGUUUCUUGUAGUCGUAACGACGACGAUGCUGGUCAAUGUCGAUUGUUGAUCACUAUCUUUUUCCUUCUUAUCCGUUUCUUUCUCCCGAUCCCGAUCGAUUUAGCUCGAAUGAUGGAUGAAUGGCGAGGCGCGAGAAGUGGAGUGAUUUGCAGAGGAGGAUUUUCGCGAAAGAUCGUACUUCCGGAGUCGACGACUACGUUCGCUCGCGGAGGGUCUGCCUCUGGCCCGAAGAACAUCGACCAAUGUUGAUCCGGCGAGCCGCGUGUAUUAAGAAAAAGAAAAGGGGAUCGUUGGCAAAUCUGUUCAAGAUGGAGAAAUAUGAAACGAUAGAAAUUAUAGGAGGUGGGAGUUACGGCGUGGUGAUGAAAUGCAAACAUCGUGAGACUGGGCAAUACGUGGCCGUAAAGAAAUUUCUGGAGACCGAGGAGGACCACCAAGUGCGAGAAAUGGCAUUUCGUGAGAUCAGGAUGUUGAAAAGUGAGAAUGAGGAUAGGCGUCUGUACUUGCAGAGGCUGUGCCACGAGAAUCUAGUAAAUAUGAUCGAAGUGUUUCGUUGUAGGAAACGAUUUUAUCUCGUGUUCGAGCAUUUGGAUCACACGUUGCUGGACGAGCUGGAAAUCGUCAAACACGGUCUAGGUCGCGAGGUGUCCCAACGACAUAUUUACCAAGUGCUUCGAGGCUUGAGCUUCUGCCACAGUAGCAACAUAAUGCACCGUGAUAUCAAGCCGGAGAAUGUCCUGGUAUCUCCGCACGGUGUGGUGAAACUCUGUGACUUUGGGUUUGCACGUUUCAUAAGUACUGGCGACGAGUCUUGCACGGAUUAUGUGGCGACAAGGUGGUAUCGAGCGCCGGAACUUCUUGUUGGCGACUCACGAUAUGGCAAAGCAGUGGACGUUUGGGCAGUUGGCUGUCUUUACGCGGAAAUGGUGACGGGAGAUCCUCUGUUCCCCGGUGACAGCGACGUGGAUCAACUCUAUCGAAUAACCAAAGUCCUUGGGGCACUGUGCACGAAGCAUCAAACGAUGAUGGGCCGUGGCAUACCCGGUCAAAUGUUGCGUCACGCGAUUGCAGACGAAUUGAUAAAACUACCGCAGUCAGGUGUAACUUCGAUUCGUAAAUUAUUUCCCAGCUGGGACUCGGUGGCCAUCAACUUUCUGAAUCACUGCCUCCGCAUGAAUCCCGAUCUGAGAUCUACGUCGUCAGCGCUCUUGCAACAUCCGCUCUUCACGCAAGACGAUUUUGCUGAUAAGUUCCUCGUACAAUUGAGAAACAUCAUCGCCAAGGAAUCUGCUACGAAUCCUCUCAUGACUAAGAGAUUGGUAGAAAGAAAGCCGACUGAAUUCCAGCCCUUCUCGAGACAAGUUUGCUGCGGCAUCUCUGGAUGGCACAUGCACAUCGCCCCGAAAGAGGCGACGAACGAAAGAACGGAAGCCGAAGUGAUGGAAACGAUGGAAUUACAUAAGACAUCGCCGAUGUCGCGCGUGGAUCCCUUAAAAAAAGUUUGUUAUUUCGAUUCUAUUUCCACCUUACCAAAUACAACCUGUCUUCAUAGAUUAAAGAGACCAGUCGCUACACAAAAAUACAUGUAUUCGUUGCCUUCUCUUGACUUCAAAGGAGCUUGUAACUUGGUUUCUACCAACAGUAAGGAGAAAAUAACUUUGAACAAAAAAUAAGAUUUUAAACAAGAUGCCCGUAAAUUGCUCGUCUACACCAUUUCAUUGGUAAUAAAAGAAGCAUUUGCUUAAUCAUUUACUUCGUCAUUUUAUUAGUAACUGUAUUAGCCACUAGCAAUCGUAUUGAUCAUUUCCAUUAGUAUUACUGAUAUUGGAUCGAUCUUUUUACAUGUUCGUGAGUCGAGUAAUUUGAAGAAUGUAAAACUACACACGUCGAGAUUUUUUGAUAAAAGAGAAACAAAAGCUACCUCGUUGUUGUACUUGUAUUUUGUAAUUACAUUUGUAGAAAAUAAAUUCACCAGCGUAAUAUUAACUGUCUGUUAUUUAUAAGUAUAAUUUAUAAGUAAUACUACGUUGUAUGAUAUAUUGUAACGUGCCUGUGUGGCAUUUUUUAUAGUUAAAUUUUGCAUUAUUUUUUACAAAUACUACUUUUCCAUCUACGUUGAUACGAGAGUUGCGGUUGUUUUAUAUUAUUUUACAUGGAUAUUAC